AUGGUGAAUGACACAAGAAAGCCGCAGAAGCAUGUUGUAUUCUUUCGGAAGCGACUCCAGGACCAGAACCAGACCCAGGUCGAUCCCGGCUCUCAAGUUCUGUGCAAUCGCGCGGCGUUCAAGUACUGUAGGGAGGCAUUAGGCGUUUCAGCAUCGGGAGAGUACCUCAUCAGCUGUAAAAAUUACAAUCAGCCUGUUCCCGACCUCCCGUUGGCUCAACCUCUCCAACUGUUAGAGGCGCGAGGUACUGUCGGUUAUACGGGGAAAGGAGAGGGGAUAGAUAAAGAGAUGCCGAGCUACAUGCAUCUGCCCGAAGAGGUGUUGGACAAUAUCUUCGCUGCACUGCGUGAUGUCCAGGACGAGACAUGUUCCCUCCGUGGUGGAUCGGCUACAGCGCCUUCUUGGACCAAAUUGCGUGCAAUUUGCAACCUGAUGCGAGUAUGCAAGGCCUGGCGACUUCCCGCUGCCAGAGCAACGCUCCGCAUCAUCGCCAUGGACAUUCAUCGCGACUCGAUCUCUUCUUUAGUGUCAAUGUUGGUCUCUCUCAAGGGCCAUGCGGCGAAUAGGCUCAGUUACAACGUAACAAUGCUCGAGCGUGUCGUUCGCCGUCUUCACGAAACGUCAUCCCUUGAGAUCAUGGGGACUGAAGUCACAAUGACAACGACGAAAAGCGGCCGGAAACACAUGUCGUUUUCUUUCGGCGGCGACUUCAGGACCAGCUAG